GUGAACAAUUUCCUCAUGACUGGUCCAAAGGCUUACUUGAUCUACUCCAGCAGCGUGGCGGCCGGGGCCCAGAGUGGUAUCGAAGAGUGCAAAUAUCAGUUUGCCUGGGACCGCUGGAACUGCCCAGAAAGAGCCCUGCAGCUGUCCAGUCACGGCGGCCUUCGCAGUGCCAAUCGGGAGACAGCAUUUGUCCACGCCAUCAGCUCUGCUGGAGUCAUGUACACCCUGACCAGGAACUGCAGCCUUGGGGACUUUGACAACUGUGGCUGUGAUGACUCCCGCAAUGGACAACUGGGGGGCCAAGGCUGGCUGUGGGGGGGCUGCAGCGAUAAUGUGGGCUUCGGAGAGGCUAUUUCCAAGCAGUUCGUCGAUGCCCUGGAGACUGGACAGGAUGCCCGCGCGGCCAUGAACCUGCACAACAACGAGGCCGGACGCAAAGCCGUGAAGGGCACCAUGAAACGCACGUGCAAGUGCCACGGCGUGUCGGGCAGCUGCACCACGCAGACGUGCUGGCUGCAGCUGCCCGAGUUCCGCGAGGUGGGCGCGCACCUGAAGGAGAAGUACCACGUGGCGCUCAAGGUGGACCUGCUGCAGGGUGCGGGCAACAGCGCGGCGGGCCGCGGGGCCAUCGCCGACACCUUCCGCUCCAUCUCCACGCGGGAGCUGGUGCACCUGGAGGACUCCCCGGACUACUGCCUGGAGAACAAGACGCUCGGCCUGCUGGGCACCGAGGGCCGCGAGUGCCUGCGGCGCGGGCGCGCCCUGGGCCGCUGGGAGCGCCGCAGCUGCCGCCGGCUGUGCGGGGACUGCGGGCUGGCGGUGGAGGAGCGGCGCGCCGAGACCGUGUCCAGCUGCAACUGCAAGUUCCACUGGUGCUGCGCCGUGCGCUGCGAGCAGUGCCGCCGGCGCGUCACCAAGUACUUCUGCAGCCGGGAGGAGCGGCCGCGGGGCGGCGCGGCGCGCAAGGCCGCCAGGAAUCCCUAAGCGUCUCCUCGAACCCCCUUCCUCCCCUCCGUGGCUUCAUCUAGAGAACCCCUCCCCCGUUCUAGAAGCACCUAGGGAAUAGGGGCGCCCCCCGGAACUCCCGAGCCCGGGGAUCCCCGCAGGGAAAAAGCCGCCGCCGCCGCCGUCUGUCCUCAGAGCUCGCCAGUGAAGUGGCUGCCCCAGCGCCUCUGCGCUCCCCUGGACAGCGGGUGGGCCUCGCCGGGUACGCUGAGGUCUGGGAAGGCUCAGGUCCGAGCCGCUGAGCGCCCUGGGCGGUCCU